UCGAGAUGGAUAACCCGGAUCUAACGUUCUUCAUAGAGCUAUAUGGAGAGGUCGGAGGAGUCGCCAGGAAUAUUAAGAACGAAAAAAAGGGUGAUCUGUCAGACCAUGAGUGGAAAGAAAGUGUAUACAACAUCUUAUGGGAGGUAGUAAGACGAGUACCGCAAGAAUGUCGUCAAGAAGCAGCUCUGGUUUUUGAUGUGGCUAUUGGUGAGUCUCUGGAUAUUGGAUUCGUCGAUGAAAAGAAAAACUUCAAGAUAUCAGAAAAAUGCUCUAAACAUACUUACGAUGCUCUUGAUAAGUUCUUCGAGGAACUCCGGCUACUCGAAUAUUCAUUCAGAAGCAGAGAAGAACCGGUUGCAGAGUCCGAACUGUUGAAACUAGUCAACGAGUGGAAAGAUCUUGGGGUGGCGUCUACACUGGCAGGCGGUGCUGAAGUCGUAACUUUUAGUACAAGACGUCCAUACACACACCACCACGCCCACUCCACCCGCCAGCCCCGUCGCAAAUAUACAAAAAUACCGCUCAUCUCAAAUACAGACUUCGACAUAAAUAGGCUGGUAACUGAAGAACCCAUCAUAGUAACUCCCCUUAACUUGGGCGAUAUUGACUCAAUUUAUGGGAAAAGACCUGAAGGACAGGCAAAAGACGUUCUUCUUGAUUCAAAACCUUGGGAGAAGGAACCAGGGGGGGUAGACGAGGAAGCUCCUAGCACUACUCUAGCCCCACCAGCAGAAGCACCCUUACAAGGUAACCAGACUCCCGUCCCCCCGAGUACCGUACAAGAAAAAGAGCCUGCUGCCCCGUCGGUACAAACAGAGGAUAAGAAUCGUCAAUUUGAAUGGCCAGAUCUGAAUGAUGGUGGACCAGGAGAAGAUAUCCUCUGGCCUCACAAACUCAUAGGAUAACUUCGUUUGUAGUGGUGCUUUCCAGGAAUGGGAAGAAUAAGGUAUACUUUUUGUAAAUAUGUACAAUAAAUCUGUUUUAGGAUUA